AUGGGGAAAGAAAAUGAGAAAGUUGUGCUUUUGGAUUUCUGGGCAAGUCCUUACGCCAUGAGGACGAAGAUUGCCUUGAGAGAGAAAGGAGUCGAGUUCGAGACUCAACAAGAAGACUUGUGGAACAAGAGUGAGCUCUUGCUGAAAUCAAACCCUGUUCACAAGAAAGUCCCUGUCCUUAUCCAUGGCGGCAAACCCGUCUCUGAAUCUCUCGUUCAGGUUCAGUACAUCGACGAGACGUGGACUGAUGCUGCUUCUUUCUUGCCCUCUGAUCCUCAAGCCAGAGCCAAUGCAAGGUUCUGGGCUGAUUUCGCCGAGAAAACGAUAUCGUUUGAAGGAGGAAGAAAGAUUUGGGGAAACAACAAAGGAGAAGAACAAGAGAAAGGCAAGAAGGUGUUUCUUGACAGCUUGAAGGUUCUUGAAGCUGAGCUUGGAGACAAGCCUUACUUUGGAGGAGAGACAUUUGGUUAUGUUGACAUCGCUCUUGUCCCAUUCUACAGUUGGUUCUAUUCACUCGAGAAAUGUGGUGAUUUUUCUGUGGAAGCUGAGUGUCCUAAGAUCGUGGCUUGGGGAAAGAGAUGUGUUGAACGCGACAGUGUUGCUGCUUCGUUGCCUGAAUCUGAGAUAGUGUAUCAGCAAGUGCUUAAGCUCAGACAGAUUUUCGGUGUUGAAUAAAUGCGAAAAUUGCAUUCUGAACAUCUUUGAAUCUUGUCUUUUUAAGUUUCCGUGUU